AUGAUACCAAAAAUACUCUUCCUCGAAGAGUCAUAUCAUAAUCCAGACUCAAAAAAUCCAAGAGUUCGAUAUCAAAAGCAUCAACCAUUACUUGAUACUACUACCCUUACACCUCCUUCUAACUUCAACACUACCAACCUUAUUGCUCUAUCUACUUCUCGGUCUCCAGCCUCACAGCUUGCACUCCUCACCCCGACCACGAAUAACAACGUACCCAUCAUCAAUAUCAACAUCAAGAUCGACCCUCAAAUCUAUCAUUUCAGCACUAUCAUGGAGCUCGACCAUGAACAGAGAGGCACUCUCCCAAACGAAGAGACAAAACAAGGGUUACUCGGAACGCCCGGAACGCCCGGCUGUUGGAUCCCACAAUACGACUCCGAACCAUGGGAACCUAAAUGGGACACGAUGCCUUUUGAGGAGAGUACACAUGGACACAAAACGUGGCAAUUACCCCGAGCCUCCAGCGCAUUGGAGGAUUACCUCAACCCCAGCCCUCCCAACAAAGCAAACCCCGACUCCCAAGAUCCAGGGGAGAAGACAGGAAGCGGAAAUGGGAGAGAUGCAAGUGUGAAUCAGGAGGCUAAUGUAGUAGGAGAAGUAGGAAGAGGACAUGUCAACGAAAAUUUGUUGGAGAUUACAGAGACGUGA